CCGGCUAACAGCUAGCUUCCAGAGACGCCAUUAGCUGGGUGAGAAGCAGCCGCUCGCAGGAGCUCGAAAAGCGGAGUAAUUCCGGAGUGUGGCCCCGGUCCUGUCGCGCCUGUCGCCCGAUAACGACCGACGUCCGGUUCUGUGAAGCUGUCGACGCGCUCUUCCGCGGGUUUCCCCGGGUUUCUGCGGAAGUCGGAAGCCGAUGUGAGCUGCGCAGGACUUCACACGGACCGAGGCUAACGUUAGCAGCGCUAGCUCGACGCCGCUUGUUUUGAUUAACGGCGACAGCAAAUUAGCGCAAAUUAAAACUUCCAGCCAUGGCGGCCGGAGGGGCGGGCGGCAACAGCGGCAAGACCUACUCCUUCAAGGUGGUGCUGCUGGGGGAAGGCUGCGUGGGCAAGACGUCGCUGGUGCUGCGCUACUGCGAGAACAAAUUCAACGACAAGCACAUCACAACUCUACAGGCGUCCUUCCUCACAAAGAAGCUCAACAUCACGGGAAAGAGGGUGAACCUCGCCAUAUGGGACACCGCGGGUCAGGAGAGGUUUCAUGCGUUAGGUCCCAUCUACUACAGAGACUCCAAUGGAGCCAUACUAGUGUACGACAUCACAGACGAAGACUCGUUUCAGAAGGUGAAGAACUGGGUGAAAGAGUUGAGGAAAAUGUUGGGCAACGAGAUUUGUUUAUGUAUAGUAGGUAACAAAGUUGAUUUGGACAAAGACAGACAUGUUUCAGUUGAAGAGGCAGAGAGUUAUGCCGAGUCUGUCGGAGCCAAACACUACCACACAUCAGCCAAGUUGAAUAAAGGCAUCGAGGAGCUUUUCCUGGACCUUUGUAAAAGGAUGAUGGAAACGGCUCAGGCUGAGGAGAGGUUGAAGGGCAACGGAGCCAGCCAAUCGGCUUCGAGUAGGCGGGGAGUACAGAUAGUCGACGACGAACCACAGGCCACGCCGGCCGGAGGCUGCUGCUCCACUGGCUGACACGCACACUUUUACUUAAACACACACAUACACACACAUUCAUCAGUGUCUCAGUUGUCUGGUCCGUCGGCUCUAAAAUCCUAAACUAAUCUGCUGUAUUGUGCUGCUAAGGAGCAUGGGAAAUUACUCUUCAUUUACUUAAUCCAGCGUGCCCUUACAAAACAAGUCACUGAAGUCGUUAUGAUUGAAAUCAGUGACAAGAUUCUCUAAAAAUCUCAUUUUAGCACUUUACUAUCCUCUGUUCUAUGGAAAUACAACAACGCAACAGUAUUUUAAAAACAAAGCAGUGGCCAAUGUUCCCGAAAACAUAAAUUACAUAUUUAAAUAAUCAUUAAAACAGUUGAACAUUAUUUCAAAGAGGAGUCUCAGGCUUCAGCAAACACACACACACACACACACACACACACACACACACACACACACACACACACACUGUACAGACGUCCAAUAAACUCCAUAUUCAUCAGAAAAUAUAAACACCGGUUUGUAGUGGAACGUCUCCACCUGCUGGUCAAACAUCAGACUGCAAACGGGGUCGUCGCAGGUCGUCAGGACGAGCGCGUCACCAUGAGGAGCAGCGCACAUGUGCAACCUGACCUCCAGGGGGAGCUGCAGCAGCAGUUGGUCAAUAAAGUUUUACAAAGUGAAUAAAUAAUAAAACUUCUCAUUAACAUAAAACAAACAUGGGUUCUGCAGAACCUGGUUUUAUUUGUAUAAAUUAAACUGCACUUUAUUCAAAUCAAAUCUGCAGCUAAAAUAUCCAACACGAAAACGAUAUUUAUACGGUUUAUUUUGAAUUUAAAAAUUGAUAAAGAAAAGUCAAAUUGAUUCAUUUGAAUUAAUUAUUAUCAAAACAAAGACAUUUAAAUGAUACAAAGCAAAGAAAAGCUGAAAAUCCUCAAAUCUGGGAAUCAAAGAAAAGACUAAAUUUAUACUUUAAACAUUUUUUUCAUGUAUUAAUCGACUAAUCGUCACAGUUCAAAUCAAGAAUAACGUUUAAUCAGCUCUGCUCCGUCUUUACCCACAAGUUGAGUCGAUGGUUUUAACACAAACACACACUUACUCUACUACAACAACAACACACCCACACUGUCACUGCCGGACAGAGAAACUGUGCAUGUUUGAAUUCUGUAAAAGGCUUUUUGUUUGUUUUUGACUUUUAAAAAACUUGGUGAAUAAAUAAAAAAGUGAGCAGCGGUUAUUUAAUAAGUUAAAGUCAGGUGGCAGUGAUGGAUCUGAUCUGUACAUGAAUCCUUCUCUCUUCUCUGCUGUGUUCGUUUCCUGUUGUGUUUCCUGCAGACCUGUAGCUGCAUUAAUCUGCUUACUGAAGAAAACACAAAUAACAGACUGGACGUUUUGUUGCCUUUGGGGGGGGAAAUCAAUGCACAUGGAAGAAAAGCAAGCGAAGUUCUGUCCUGUUCGUUACGGAACAACGACAUGUGGUUGAAAAGAAAAACAAAUCUGCACACUUUUUGGAAAUGUAAUUUUUUUAAACUGCUAGUGUCGAAAGUGUUUUGUAAAGAUAAUAGAACAAUUAUAACGAUUUACACAACGCA